AUGGCGGAAAGAUUAUCUCCCCGGGAUCGUCCACGUACAGGUUAUUAUAAACAAUUACACAACUUAACAACAGACAUACUUUACAAAACAAAGACAGAGAAAAGAAGAAAACCUCCAGAAGACAUUUUUUAUGAAGUUGAGAGGAUUAUCUCACGACGUGUCAUAAACAGAACGGUAAAGACAAAUAUUAGUAUUUUUAUAAUUUUAGGUCACAAAUUUACAUGAUAUUAACAUGCAGUGGGUGAAUAUAUUUGUCUUCCUUUUAUUUUACAGAACAAAUAUUUAAUAAAAUGGAAAAAUUACAGUCUGUUUAAUUGUUCUUGGGAAGACGAGGAAGAUCUUACUCCAGACCUCAUCAGGUAUAAAAUGGUGAUCUUGCCCAUUUAUCAAUAUCAUAUGCAAUUUUUAUAGUCUGUGAUAUCUCGUGUUUGGGCAUUUAUUCCCUGAUAAAUAUUGUCAUUGCUCAUUAGCUCAAAAUUUCAUGUUGGUGCGAUGCUUUUUACUUGGUUAACAGUUCACAAAAAGUGAUAUCCACAACCAGGGACACAAAAAAGCAAAAAUAAUAUGUGACGUUUUGCUUGGCCUGUUUUAAAAUCAGGGCAAUUACUCAGUUGACAAUAUUUGUGUGAAUAGUUAGCAAAAUUUAAAGAAGGGGAAAAGUUCGCUGACAUUAAUCUUAAGCAAUAUUUAAAUCAUUUCACAAAAAGCUAUAGAAUUAAAAUUGAACUUUAAUUAAACCAUUUUUAAUUUGUUCAGGACAUAUGACAGACCCCCUGUUAACACCGAAAGACUACAUGCAAAUCUGGAUACAUUGCUGCAGGCAAUUGUGGUAAAACUGAAGAGCAAAGCUAGACCACCAUCUAGCGUUUCUUUCCACCAUGACUGCUAUCGACACUGUUUUUACGGCAAAGGAAGGCUUUCCCAAGAUGGCAAAUCAGUGUUCUUGGAUAGGCAUGAUUUUGGGGACUUCAAUUAUUUUACUGGAUGGGAUCAUUGUCUGGAUACGAAUGGUGAUGGAGUUAUCAUAAAAUACCCGAUCAAGAUCCGUUCCCUUUUAUCCUGGUCACCCAAAGUCUCGGUGAUACAGAAUCGCAUUCUAACGCCUGCGCCAAGAAUGCCUCAAGAGAAACUGUUAGUUGAUUUUAUACGGCAACCAUUUUCGGUUCUUUCAACAUAG